GGUAGCAUAUUAUCAACCAAGAGAAUUGAUAAUAAGAUAAAUAAUACUUCAAAACGUCUUUAGCUCCUCCUUGUCCAUCUCCAAGGAGGUAUAUUCCACAUCCACCAUGAAGGGUGAUCAAGAACUACAAGUCAUCGUUCAGCAGGGAAAAGAACCAAACCCAACAGUUCAAGAUGAAAGAAACUCGGUCGGUAGCAACCACACAAACAUAUACAAACGGUGGCUCAGGGUGAUUAUCUACACAUUCUUUGUCAUUUCAGGACAAUCUGUUGCUACAAUUCUAGGCAGACUAUACUAUGACAACGGAGGAAACAGCAAAUGGCUAGCAACAGUAGUUCAACUUGUAGGCUUUCCUGUUCUGCUUCCAUAUUAUCUCUUCUCAAUCAAAACACACACAACAACUCAUAGAGAUGAUGGCAAAGCAGCCUCACAUAGGAACCGUGUCUUAGUUUACUUAGCUCUUGGGGUUCUUGUAGGAGGAGAUUGCUACCUUUACUCCAUUGGACUGCUUUACCUACCCGUUUCUACCUUUUCUCUGAUCUGUGCAUCUCAGUUAGCCUUCCGCGCUUUUUUCUCUUAUUUCCUCAACUCACAAAAACUCACUCCAAUCAUUUUGAACUCCCUUUUGCUCCUAACUAUCUCUUCCAACCUCCUAGCCUUCAAUAAUGAGGAAUCAAAUUUCAAAAAAGUAACAAGAGGACAGUAUGUCACAAGGUUCAUAUGCACCAUUGGUGCUUCUGCCGGAUUUGGUCUAGUCUUAUCAUUACAACAGGUAGCCUUCCGUAAAGUCCUAAAGAGGCAAACAUUCUCAGAAGUUAUGGAUAUGAUAAUCUACGUGAGUCUAGUGGCCAGUUGUGUUAGCUUGGUGGGGCUUUUCUCUAGCGGAGAGUGGAAAACUUUGAGCAGUGAAAUGGAUCGCUACAAGCUUGGAAAGGUGUCGUACGUUAUGAACCUAGUGUGGACGGCUGUUAUCUGGCAGGUAUUCAACAUUGGUGGCACGGGGCUGAUCUUCGAGCUUUCCUCUCUGUUCUCAAAUGCUAUAAGCGCGUUGGGACUGCCUGUGGUUCCUGUACUGGCUGUCAUCAUUUUCCAUGACAAAAUGAAUGGGUUGAAGGUGAUUUCUAUGAUCUUAGCUUUUUGGGGUUUCAUGUCAUAUGUCUACCAACACUAUCUUGAUGAUAAAAACUUGAAGAAAAGUAUUGGAAUCCCAACAAGUGGAUCCUCUGACUCACCAGAAGCAAAAGGGUCAGGUGGGCAAAAGAUACAGACUUCAGCCUAGUUUAAACAUAAUAUAUUUGGGAUGCAACUCAAGUGAAGUCUGAGCGUGAUUUUUUUCCCUAUUUGCGUCAUUGCAACAGUUAGUAGGCUUGGGUUAAACUAAAUAAUUAAAUAUUGUGAUGUAGUUUUAAAGAAGACUACCCAAAUAAGAUUAGCUCAGUAUAAAAUCUUCUGGGUCGACGAUUGACUUCUCCACGAUAACCUACCAUAUAACAUCAGAUCCUCACCGAAUUAUGACCUCAUGUUAGAUCUUCACGAAUUGAAAGUUGCAAACUUAUUUGUCUCCGAAAUGAUAGUUCGAAAGUUAAUUACCCAUAAAAAUAGUUUUAAUCGGCUUACUUGUUUCAAAUCGGUUUAUUCUUAACCAAAUAAUAUAAAUCAACUAAACCAAUCAAAAAUCCAUUUUUAUAUAUAAACUAUUUUGUUGAACUUCUUACAACGAGAAAGUCAAAUAUUAUUGACUAAACGACGACGUGAGGUGGAUUGUGUUGGGAGACGACGCGACUGUGUUCUUUUACGGAGAAUCUGUUAAGUGUUACGAUCACAAGCAGUUCUAUUACAUCGGAAGCUCAUCGGAGAGCCACAUUCAGAAUCUGAAAUUCUCUUACGGGAUGGCUUAGUUAUAUUGGCUAAAGCAUUGGAAAAUAUACAAGAUCGGUGUAUUCAGAGAUACCCAGAUUUGUACGGUUCCGAUAAUCGGAUUCAAGCUUGUAUGGCUGAGUUUAGUGUUCUAUUAUUCCUCUGUUUUGGUUAUUCCUCUCAUUUUUGGUUAAAUAUAUUAUAUCUAGCCUAGAAUGAUUAAAAGGAAGACAACGACUGUUGCCUGACAGAGUUCCACCGGAGACAAUGCGUUUUAGACUAGACGGCGGAGGAGGACAGAUUGUGGCACCUGGAUUGUGGAGAUACUCCGAGAUGAUGCGUGAAGUCGCAUAAGGAGAAACGGAGCUUAACGGCUUUAGGAAGACCGUAUCUUGUGCAGCAAGAUUGGUUCGGGAUGACUUCAAUACCACACGCCUUUGCCUUUCACAGCUUUUGUUCUCACCAGCAAACUGAAAUAGAGAUGAGUAGAUUCAUGAGGAGAAGGAGUUUGAUCAUGAGAGAAGAUCAGUUUUCCACCAUGGCUAGGGCUAAUGGUGUUGGUGAAUGAGAUGAUGAUAAUUGUUUUGUGGAUUUUUAAUGUCAAAACCCCUCAAUUAUGUUUCAUUGGGGUAUACCCCCCCAAUUAUUGAUUCAACGUGGAAACCC